UAUCGACAGGAUUAUAUAAACAGAUCUUCAGGUAUUCUUCGAGUCCUGAUAAGCAAACACUCAAACAUUUUCUCUAGAAAUUUCUAUCUUUCGUUGUUCAGCCGACGCUAUUAAACAACAUGCCUCGCCGAAGCUCCGGAGGAAGAUCUGCACCCCGCCCUGCUCCCCGACGUAGCGCACCCCCUACACCAGUUCAACGUGCCCCUCCUCCAGCUCCGGCUCAAAGUGGUGGUGGUGGAUCGCUGCUUGGAGGCAUUGGCUCAACCAUAGCUCAGGGCAUGGCUUUUGGUACUGGAAGUGCAGUGGCACACAGGGCUGUGGAUGCUGUCAUGGGUCCUCGAACCAUCCAACAUGAAACUGUGGUCUCUGAGGCUGCUGCUGCUGCCCCAGCUCCAACUACAAACAGCCUUGGCAGCCCUGAUGCCUGCGGUAUUCACUCCAAGGCAUUCCAAGAUUGCAUCAACAACUUUGGAAACGACAUCAGCAAGUGUCAGUUCUACAUGGAUAUGCUUGCCGAAUGCAGGAAGAACUCGGGCUCGGUGUUGGGUGCAUAAAUGCUACCCUUUUGCUUUGCCAUUUGAUGUUUAUUCAGCUAUGAACUCUUAUGAUAUUUUGAUGAUGAUGUAGCUGUAAUCCGGACGUGGUUGAGAAUCUACAGUUAAUAAUUUUUUAUUGGAAAGCCAUUAUUGAACCUU